UGUUGUAAAAGACGUUAUUCUCUCUCACUUAUCUCUAUUUUUAUUUGUCAGAUUCUAGUUUUUGGAAAGAUGAACCGACUAAGUUGAUGAUAAAAGUGAGACUCUUCCAUUUAUAACUUAAAACAGCCUCAAUUUUGUAAUUUUCAGAAGAAAUACAGCAUUUUCUUUAAACCUUUCUUCUCUAUAAUAGCUCGAAAUAAUGAUCAUAUACCUGUUCUACAAUGGCAUAGAAAACUUUCUAAAUAGUAUGUAUGGAACACAUUAGUAACAGAACAUGACGAAACGAAAUGAAAAAAUUGGCACCAACUGCCAAGCCACAAAGAAAGAUAAAAUUACAAGCAUUCACCACAGAAUCAUUUGAUUGAAAGUAAAAUCAUAUUGUCUGUAUUCAGAUUUUUCAUACCAUUAAGAAAACAAUGUUAGACGCUAGAAACGAUGAUCCACCUGAACAAAAACUAAGAACAAUUUCCUAUGUCAAUCCAGAAGUAACACUAAAUACAAAAACUAUUCGUUUAAGACAUGUUAAUAAUCUUAAUAUUUCCAACAAUUUAUCUCAACAAUCACCUGAUAAGCCACAUAUGGUUCUAACAGCGGUUGAUUUUGAAAAAUACGAUAACGCAAUUGGAAUCAAAUAUAAACACAAUAAGCUUCAAAUUUUCUUGUUCAUUAUCACCACAUUUCUUUAUCUUAUUCAAGUGUUACGAACUUAUAUCCAUUCGCGUAUUCACACAGAAUCAUACUCUCAACAUAUUCUUCCAGCUUUAAUUGUUAAACGACCAUACGAAUCAAAAUUCUAUUCAACAGAAAUUCGCCCGCAUGCAUUGAUUGAGAGGGUCGUUUAUUGUACAGUUGAAAGUUGGCAGGUUCUGUGUUCAUUAUAUGUUUUAACCCACAUUCCAAGAAAAACAGAUUACGGCUAUCUUUACCGUUUACCAGAAACAUUUUCUAUUCAAUUACAAUUAUUGUUAAUUACAUCGGUAAUUACGCAAUGUUGUUCUGAUUUUUGGAGCUCAUAUACUGAGGUAAAUAUAGAAGAAUGUGACCUACUAUCCGUUCCAAAAAGCAAGGCUGGUCAUUAUUUUUUGAAUAAUUCAAGGAAUAAAAGAUAGAGGCUUGCGGUUUUCACCAUUCGAUGGCCAAGACUUGAACCUAUCUUUCUGAAAGCAAAAC